CAAAAAUGCAAGAAAACUCGCUGCGAUUACUUGUGUUACUACUAAUAGUAAAUCUUCUUCAUUAAUGCGAUUUCAACAUCAGUUGGCAUUAAAAUAUUUUUUGACCAAACGCAUCGUUUUCAAACUCACCUUUAUGCACCUUCAUGCACCUUUAAGUGCUCCUAUUCCUUGUAGUUUUGUAGCCUUGUAGUCUUUUUACAACACUGAAUUGUAAACUGGGUAGGCUAUAUAAACCUUACUGAUAGCCAUUCUUCAAUAUAUAUAUAUAUUUUUUGAGAAUAAAUAAUGUUCUUGAAAAAAGUGUCACUGAAAGUUUCACUUAAAUACAAAACGUAAGUUGUAUGUAUGUUUAGAGAAGUGGAGAUAGUUUACUUUUAGAGCUGUGCUUGGUCUGCGCAAACUGACCAGACUAGUGAAAGUGAGUAUUUUGGUGGCCAAAGGACGGCGCAUGCCUUGCUAAUGCCGGAUUAAAUGAAAAACACGAGACUAUGCAAACCAACGCAUUAAUAUGGGCUAAUGCCACAGCUCAACAGGUCGUCUAUGUGUUUUCUGUUAUGAAUGUAGGCUAUGGUCGAGUUCACCUCUAUGUGAAAACAUGCAUGUAUCCUCAUCAUAUUUCGGCUAUGGAAAGUUGCAGACAACAGGAUCUUAGAUUUUCGAAUGUAACCAAAUUCCAGUGGCAUUCCUAUCAAAGACCUAGCCGCAAACACUGUAUCCCCCCCCCCCCCCCCAUAGUUCGCAAGUGGGGACGAAAUUUACUGAAUUGCCGUGCUCGACUGCACCCUAUAGCCUAACAUGUCGGAAGAAAGUACAACGCGAAACAAGGUGACAUCUGUUUCUGUUUAGUCUUAAAACCCCGUGAUCUAGGACCAAUGCAUUAAUUCUUUACCCGAUACAUUCUGGUUGCUCCCUCAGAGACGCUUGACUUUUGCUGUUUUCCGUGUCAGUAUGAAUUUCACUGCGAAUCACGCGAAUGCACGUGCGGCGCACAGGAUAUUUUGUAUGACCCAUGAGCUACAUGUAUGGAGGAAUUUUCUUGUUGUUAUGGAAAGUAAAUAAUCAGCAGAACCUUCAUAAUCUGUCUUCCUUCGUUGGCUACUUUUGCAAUUUGUGUCGGGUAUUGUCGGCUACAUUGUUGUUAAUAAUGGAAGCGCUUCCUUUCAAUUGCAGUUAGCUUUAUAGCUGACAAUACACGUUUUAGUCUUUUUAUUCUGUAAACACGGGUUAGGUAUAAAUUAAGUAUAUCAGUAAAGUAGGCUACAUGCACACAGAUCCAUUUUUAUGUGACGUUAUUUGGGGUUUUGCUGAUCCAUGGGAAGUGGCAAUAUGUAGUUCAGAGAAACAGGUAAUGAAAAUACGAUGAUACACGGACAUCCUCUCAACACGUCUUUUUUGCACUAGGCUAGUUACUGUGCGACCUUUAAUGGCUGCUAAACGGGAACAUUUUGCUGUAAAUAACAUCUCUUCUAAUGUAGGCUACCACUUAGCUGCCACUGGGAUGCAUAGUCGAGGCAUAACUCGACGCAUAUUAACAAGCGUUGCAGUCUUGGUGAGCUGUUUUCUUAUAGAACAAGAGGAAGUAUUAAACCAAACGUUCUUGGUUUUAUUUGUGAUGAAGUUAUCCGCCUCCACCAUUACCUGGCUCAUUUUAAGUGACUUCCUUGGCUUAGAAGAGAGGGGGACAACAGAGAAGAGAGGUGAGAGAACAAAAGAGAAGAAACGAAGCGAAGAGAAAAGGGAGUACUGAGGACAGGGGGGUCUCCUGCCAUUUUUUUUUUUGCACUCGGACGGACUGUAGCCUCCUGGGCAGCUGCGCUUUCGAUGUGGAGUUCAGCUUCGGUCUCGCCAGGCUGAAAUCCACCGCGUUCAGGACUUCCUUAAUGGCGGGAUUCCUUCUCGGGCUGCUCCUUUUUGCAGCUCAGUCCCCUCCCAUUCCCUCCCGACCUGCCGACGGUAGCCACGGCGAUGCCGACGACAGGGGGUUUCCGUCCACCCCGGGUCCGGGCCCCCUCGUCACUGCAACGCCCACCGCCGGCAACCCCAACGGGACCGUCCAGCAGCUCCCCCGCACCAUCAUCAUCGGCGUGAGGAAGGGCGGCACCAGGGCGCUAAUCGAAAUGCUGAGCCUGCACAGCCAGGUGGCGGCGGCUGAGAACGAGGUGCACUUCUUCGACUGGGAGAGCCAUUUCGAGAGGGGGCUGCCCUGGUACUUGAGCCAGAUGCCCUUCUCCCAGCCUGAGCAGUUGACCGUGGAAAAGACCCCUGCCUACUUCACCUCCAGUAAGGUCCCGGAGAGGAUCUACAAGAUGAACCCUGACAUCAAGCUCCUGCUCAUCCUGAGAGACCCCACGGAGCGCGUGCUGUCGGACUACACCCAGGUCUUCUACAACAGGCUGCAGAAACACAAGAACUACCAGCCCAUCGAGAAGGUCCUGGUGAAGGACGGGGAGGUGAACUUGGAGUACAAGGCCCUAGGGCGCAGCCUGUACUACCAGCACAUGCAGAACUGGCUCCGUUUCUUCCCGCUGGAGAACAUCCAUCUGGUGGACGGUGACCAGCUCAUCCGGGACCCUCUGCCCGAGAUGAAAAGGGUGGAGAGUUUCCUCGACCUCACGCCCCAGAUUAAUGCCUCCAACUUCUACUUCAACAAGACCAAGGGCUUCUACUGCCUUCGUGACCAUGGCCGGGAGCGAUGUCUGCACGACUCCAAGGGCCGGGCGCACCCACGUGUGGAGGCCGCUAUCCUCGAGAAACUCUACCGCUUCUUCCACGAACCUAACAGGAAGUUCUUUGAGCUUGUGGGCCGAACUUUCAACUGGAACUAAACUUUGGUUUUUUUAAAAAUUUUUUAAAAUAACAUAUAUUAUAAUAUAUACCAAACCUGAACACCCCCCACACAUACACUCUUGCUCACCCCGCCAGCAGUACAUGCCUAUAAGUAUUAUCAGUAAACUUGUUAUAUUUUACAUGCUAAUUAAAUGCAGAAAAAUAAAAUAAACAGUGUACAGUAUAAAUAUGAUGCAUAAGCUAAAUAUAUUUUUUUAUGUUUUGAAUUGAAUUUUAAUUCAGCUACUGGACAAGAAAAGAACAAACAAAUAAUAUUUGUUUGUUCCUAAUGGUUGCUAUUUUCCUAGCUUGCAUGAUGGAAAAGGUCAAGUUUGCAGUGCAAGAGAAGUGUUUUUCUGUGUUUCAUAAAAUGGAAUUGGCUUUUAGAGUUGGUGCCGUGAUGCAUUAAGAGCUCUCUUUUCUUCCCUCUUUGUCACCUGUCUGUUGUUGUUUUUUGAACGGAAAAACACUUUCAAGUCAUAGGCUGUAUUCAAAACCACAUACUAGCAUGUUAGUUCUACUUAAUUUCAGAAAUAUUUUCUUUUAAAUUUAGUAUGAGUAGUAUUCAAAGUAUGCAGUUUGAAUACAGCCGUAGUCUCUGGUGGAAAUACGUUGUGUCACAGUUCAUUGCCAUCAUGCUACAGGUUAUGUUUUAAGGUCAAGGUCAAAGGUCACUCAGUGUUGUGUUUCAUCCCAUAUGUGCAAAACUUGCACGCUUUUAUUAUGGAUGGGAAAGACUGCAUUGUUAAUAUGUAAUUACGGUGUUACAAAACUGCAAAUGAAGAAGCUAUGGUCUGGUUUGUUUACUCCAUAUGAUUUUGUGCGUCUACAUGUGCUGCUAUUUUUUUUUGUUUUUCUUUUUUGUUUUGCAUUUGUUUUCGGAUGAAGAAUUUCCACAACCGUCCUGAUACAUGUAUGGAAUUUGUAUUAAAGUUAUCUUAUGUUGUCAUCCCAUGUAUUAAUAUGUUUAUAAAUGCAUUCUGUAAAUAUUUACAAAUUACUUUUAUAAGUGAAGGAUUAACACCUUAAUAAAAUGUAUUUUAUUAUU